CUGUUUAGUCUUAGCAUUUACUUCUUCUGAGGCCUGAGCUGAGGUGUGCUUUUAGCAUUACUAUAUAUUACAGACUGCCUUGAUUUCCAUCCUUUCUAUCUCUCUCUCUCUCUGCAACAAAAAACACAUACAUAUGGAAGAUCAGUUUCCGAAAAUGGAAAACUUCAUGCUCAAGGAAACGCCAUCUUAUUUUCAUGGUGUGGCGCCUUCAGGAUCGAAGUUUUUCGGGGAUUCAAUCUUCUGGGGUGCCUUAAAUGGUUGUGGUUAUCACAAUGGCUGUGGCAAUAACAUGAACUCUUCAUCUUCCUCGCCUGAUAGAUUGUUUUCGAGCUCUGAGUCAAGUUCAUCGGCUGAAGAGGUUUCUGGUGCCAAUUUUAUUAAUAACAUUCCUGGAUUUGUAAAACAAGAUGUCAUUAGAGAUCGGUUUGUUUCAGGAUUGAGUUGUGUUCAUCCACACGGUGGAGCUUCGGUUUCUGAUGUUAAAGAUAGUUUCAUUCCUGUAAAUUUCUUGGAAUCUUUUCCCAAAAUAACUCAAGCUCCGCCUUCUCCAUCUUCAUUAUCCACCACAUCGAAAUUCCCAAAUUUAACUUUGUUUUUGCAGGAGCCUCCCUUGUUAAAUCCUUCCACACAAAUGGCUGAUUCUCCACACUUGCCGCAACUUGGCCAUAUUCAGUGUCAACCAGGCAACGAAUGGCUCAAAAUCAAUCAAAGUUUUGCAAAUUAUUCGUCCAAAGGCUUCAGUGAUUACUGGCUAAGUACUACUAAAACACAACCGAUGAAAUACACAGGAAGAAAGCUGCUAAACCAGCAUCAAAAGGGUUCAAAUUUGUCAUCAGUCUCAUCACCGGGAAAACUGUAUAGAGGGGUGAGGCAAAGGCACUGGGGUAAAUGGGUUGCAGAGAUAAGGCUUCCGAGAAAUAGAACGAGGGUUUGGUUGGGGACUUUCGAAACGGCGGAAGAAGCCGCUGAGGCUUAUGACACAGCGGCAUAUAUGCUCCGCGGAGAAUAUGCACAUUUGAAUUUUCCAGAACGGAAGCAUCAGCUAAAGAUGAGUUCUUUGAAUGGAACAACGGCGGCUCUUCUUGAAGCGAAGUUGCAGGCAUUAUCCCAAGACAUUUCUGCAAACAAAAAGGCUAAUGAACACCAGCAGCCAUCGACAUCACCAAAGAAAACUUCAUCCACAGUUAAAGUACUAAAAAAUUCGGGCCAAAACGCACAAAAAAAAACAUCAACAACAAACUGGCAGUUUGAGUUGGAGAGUAAAGUUGGAUCUGAAGUGACUGCAAAUAGCAAGAAAAUCCCAGAGGUUUCACCGGAGAUGGACACUGUUCAGCUAAGUAGAAUGCCCUCCUUGGACAUGGAUAUGAUUUGGGAUGCUCUUUUGGUCUCUGAUUGAUGACAAACUUUUAUUAUUUUUUGCUUUUGUUAAAAUCAAAUUUCAUGAGGAAUUAUGUUACUUUCUUCAUUGGGGAGCCCUUUAGUCUCUUUUUUUGUUUUUUAAAUUACAUUAAUUACUGGGCAUAUUAUGUUAUUUUCCAUUUAAUUUCCUAAAUUUGUGCACUUUCUAAUAGGGAUUAACUUAUCGAUAUGUUUUUGUUUGAGUGGAGCUUAAAAUUAUAUAUAAAAUAGAAUAUUGGGAGAAGAAGAAUAGCAUA